AUGUUUGUGCCAAUGCCCCCACGCCCAGCGGAUGUCUACACCAUACGAAUCGCAGACCACGAAGCGCAGACCAGCCUUUCAAUGUCUCUACGAAAACUCGUUACAGCCGCUGGUGGGACGUUCAUGAUCAGCUUGAUGGAGGGGCCGGGCUUCAUUUUCAGAAUGCCUACCACUGCGCCCUGCCCACUCACAUCGUUCAUUCACGGGGGCCUCCUGGAGGAAGGUUGCAUACAUGUCAGCAAGAUGAGGCUUGGUGAAGAAAAGGAGCCGAAGAAAAAGGAUGGUGGACUGUCGGCUGAGGAAGAAUCGAGUGACGCUGAGUCCGUGGAGGAGGAGGAUGUGGGUCAUCCGGGCUUGAGGAUGCAGUGGAAUUGGACUGAGCUGAACAAAGACAGGGCAAACUGA